AUCCCUAAGCAGCACGCAUCAUCCCCUAGCAGCACGCAUCAUCCCCUAGCAGCACGCAUCAUCCCCAAGCAGCACGCAUCAUCCCCAAGCAGCACGCAUCAUCCCCAAGCAGCAGGCAUCAUCCCCAAGCAGCACGCAUCAUCCCCAAGCAGCACGCAUCAUCCCCAAGCAGCACGCAUCAUCCCCAAGCAGCAGGCAUCAUCCCCAAGCAGCACGCAUCAUCCCCAAGCAGCAGGCAUCAUCCCCAAGCAGCACGCAUCAUCCCCAAGCAGCACGCAUCAUCCCCAAGCAGCAGGCAUCAUCCCCAAGCAGCAGCAUGAUCCCAAGCAGCAGGCAUCAUCCCCAAGCAGCACGCAUCAUCCCCAAGCAGCACGCAUCAUCCCCAAGCAGCACGCAUAUCCCGCAAGCAGCACGCAUCAUCCCCAAGCAGAACGCAUCAUCCCCUAGCAGCACGCAUCAUCCCCUAGCAGCACGCAUCAUCCCCAAGCAGCAGGCAUCAUCCCCAAGCAGCACGCAUCAUCCCCAAGCAGCAGGCAUCAUCCCCAAGCAGCACGCAUCAUCCCCAAGCAGCACGCAUCAUCCCCAAGCAGCAGGCAUCAUCCCCAAGCAGCACGCAUCAUCCCCAAGCAGCACGCAUCAUCCCCAAGCAGCACGCAUCAUCCCCAAGCAGCAGGCAUCAUCCCCAAGCAGCAGGCAUCAUCCCCAAGCAGCAGGCAUAAUCCCGAAGCAGCACGCAUCAUCCCCAAGCAGCAGGCAUCAUCCCCAAGCAGCACGCAUCAUCCCCAAGCAGCAGGCAUCAUCCCCAAGCAGCACGCAUCAUCCCCAAGCAGCACGCAUCAUCCCCAAGCAGCAGGCAUCAUCCCCAAGCAGCACGCAUCAUCCCGAAGCAGCACGCAUCAUCACCAAGCAGCACGCAUCAUCCCCAAGCAGCACGCAUCAUCCCCAAGCAGCACGCAUCAUCCCCAAGCAGCAGGCAUCAUCCCGAAGCAGCACGCAUCAUCCCGAAGCAGCACGCAUCAUCCCGAAGCAGACAUCCCCAAGCAGCACGCAUCAUUCCCUAGCAGCACGCAUCAUCCCCUAGCAGCACGCAUCAUCCCCAAGCAGCACGCAUCAUCCCCAAGCAGCACGCAUCAUCCCCAAGCAGCAGGCAUCAUCCCCAACCAGCACGCAUCAUCCCGAAGCAGCACGCAUCAUCACCAAGCAGCACGCAUCAUCCCCAAGCAGCAGGCAUCUUCCCCAAGCAGCACGCAUCAUCCCCAAGCAGCACGCAUCAUCCCCAAGCAGCAGGCAUCAUCCCGAAGCAGCACGCAUCAUCCCGAAGCAGCACGCAUCAUCCCCAAGCAGCACGCAUCAUCCCCUAGCAGCACGCAUCAUCCCCUAGCAGCACGCAUCAUCCCCAAGCAGCACGCAUCAUCCCCAAGCAGCACGCAUCAUCCCCAAGCAGCAGGCAUCAUCCCCAAGCAGCACGCAUCAUCCCCAAGCAGCACGCAUCAUCCCCAAGCAGCACGCAUCAUCCCCAAGCAGCAGGCAUCAUCCCCAAGCAGCACGCAUCAUCCCCAAGCAGCACGCAUCAUCCCCAAGCAGCACGCAUCAUCCCGAAGCAGCACGCAUCAUCACCAAGCAGCACGCAUCAUCCCCAAGCAGCACGCAUCAUCCCCAAGCAGCACGCACCAUCCCCAAGCAGCAGGCAUCAUCCCCAAGCAGCAGGCAUCAUCCCGAAGCAGCACGCAUCAUCCCGAAGCAGCACGCAUCAUCCCCAAGCAGCACGCAUCAUCCCCUAGCAGCACGCAUCAUCCCCUAGCAGCACGCAUCAUCCCCAAGCAGCACGCAUCAUCCCCAAGCAGCACGCAUCAUCCCCAAGCAGCAGGCAUCAUCCCCAAGCAGCACGCAUCAUCCCCAAGCAGCAGGCAUCAUCCCCAAGCAGCACGCAUCAUCCCCAAGCAGCACGCAUCAUCCCCAAGCAGCAGGCAUCAUCCCCAAGCAGCACGCAUCAUCCCCAAGCAGCAGGCAUCAUCCCCAAGCAGCACGCAUCAUCCCCAAGCAGCACGCAUCAUCCCCAAGCAGCAGGCAUCAUCCCCAAGCAGCACGCAUCAUCCCCAAGCAGCAGGCAUCAUCCCCAAGCAGCACGCAUCAUCCCCAAGCAGCACGCAUCAUCCCCAAGCAGCAGGCAUCAUCCCCAAGCAGCACGCUUCAUCCCCAAGCAGCACGCAUCAUCCCCAAGCAGCAGGCAUCAUCCCCAAGCAGCACGCAUCAUCCCCAAGCAGCACGCAUCAUCCCCAAGCAGCACGCAUCAUCCCCAAGCAGCACGCAUCAUCCCCAAGCAGCAGGCAUCAUCCCCA